UUUCUUCUGCUCAUGUCCUCAAAUAUGACAUCGGACCUUGCCAAGGAGUCAAUAAGAAUUCAAUGAGUCAUAACUCACAGAACUUCCAUGAGAGCGGCGGUAUCUGCCAAGAUACGUCCAGGCGCGAGGCUGUCGGCAUCCUUUCGCAGUCCGGCGCCAGUUUUUUCCAGGAAAUCGUUGGCGCUCUCGCAGACACUUCGAUCUCUUUCACAAUUUCAACAACGCUCGACAGCGUCGUUUCAGCCAUCCUCGUCAUCUGGAAACGUGUCAGAGCAAUAUCCCAGAGUGUCUGAUUCAGAAUGGGAUAUCAGAGUCGCGCCGGGUUAAUAAUGAACACAUCGCACGACGACACUCUCGAUGCUGAAGAGCCUAUAUACUCAAAAGAUAUAGUUCUAUCCUACAGACCCCCAACGAGACUGCCUCCGCCCUUUCCUGAGACGCUACGGAUACAGGGAUUGGCUUUGUACCAAGGAUCUUCUGUGCUACUGAAGUCAUCGUUUACGGCCCUGCACUCUGAUUGCACUGUGGUCCUAGAGCGAAUGAGCAUCCUGCCGUGUGGACCGAGGGAGAGGAAGGUUCGCAUUGAUCUCAAUAUGCAGGGAGUGGCAAGGUUGUCGUCAACUAUCUCAGCCUGGACUGUGUCAUCAACCUACCACUUCUCCCCCAUUUCAGGCCUCAUUUACAAACAUGACAUUGAGUCGAUAUACCCUGAGCCUCACUCCGCCGUUUUCGAAUCUAUGCGAAAAGCCCUUCUUCGACUUACAGGCAUUAAACCACGCUCUCCUGAGGAAGCGGGGAAUCUGGAAGGCAUUAAAGUACCAAUCCAAUCUCGGGAACAUACGUCAUACCCUUUCCUGCGCCCUCGCAACAACCGUUGAUACCGCGGAUUCAACAACGCAACCCUCGUGAAUGCAAAGUCAUAGUACAAUUAUCUUCGAGAGCAAUGAAUACAAUCCCAACUCAUGGUUCGCAUCGAACUGGGGAGAAAAGCGCUAACUCAAUCGUUAAGGAUAAAAGACAAGUGCGCGUAUUUCAAUCGAAUGACGCGGGGGAGCGUCAGUUGGAGCCGCCGUAUCAAAAAA